UAGGCUAAUGAGAAAAGGAAACAUAACAGAGGAAGGCAGUGAAGCACCAAGAAAACCUCAUGCUCCUAUCCAUGAAGUCACCAGGAGUCAAAUGUGACCUAAAGGAAACUUUACCAAAGGGGGUACACUACAAUUUGCAGAUUCCCCAGCCAGCAGCACAUCCUGCUGGUUGAAAAGUCAGGGUGUUGUCAUACCUACCUACCUACCUACAUUUCAUGCAUCUGAAAGGUGCUAGUCUGGGUGAUGUGCUUGCACUACCAUUCUUUAAACAAGAAGAGCCUCAGCUUUCCCCUGAGAAUGAUGCAAAACUCCCUCCAUUUCAAUAUGUGCUCUGUGCAGCUACAUCUCCUGCCAUAAAGCUUCAUGAAGAGACUUUGACUUAUCUCAACCAAGGUCAGUCAUAUGAAAUCCGUCUACUUGAGAAUAGGAAAUUGGGAGAGUUUCAAGAUUUAAACACAAAAUAUGUAAAGAGCAUUAUUCGGGUAGUUUUUCAUGAUCGGCGCUUGCAGUAUACUGAGCACCAACAGCUAGAAGGCUGGAGAUGGAGUCGGCCUGGAGACCGCAUCCUUGACAUAGAUAUCCCACUGUCAGUUGGUAUCUUAGAUCCCAGAGCAAGUCCCACGCAGUUGAAUACAGUUGAAUUUCUGUGGGAUCCAUCUAAGAGAGCAUCUGCAUUUAUUCAGGUACACUGUAUUAGUACGGAAUUUACUCCAAGGAAACAUGGAGGGGAGAAAGGGGUACCGUUCCGAAUACAAAUGGAUACAUUUAAACAGAAUGAAAACGGCGAGUAUACAGAACACUUGCAUUCUGCAAGCUGCCAGAUCAAAGUAUUUAAGCCUAAAGGAGCAGAUAGGAAGCAGAAAACAGACAGAGAAAAAAUGGAGAAGAAAACCACUCAAGAAAGGGAGAAAUAUCAGCCUUCCUAUGAUACAACCAUUCUCACUGAGUGUUCCCCGUGGCCAGAUGUACCUUAUCAAGUGAACAACGCUCCGUCUCCAAAUUACAACAGCUCUCCAAACAGCUUCAGCCUUGGAGAUGGCAACAGUUCUCCAACUCAUCAGGUGGAGCUCCUGCCUCCCGGCAAUGAUCAUCUCCUUCCCUCUGCUUCUAUUCAAGAUGCUCAGCAGUGGCUUCAUCGAAAUAGGUUUUCUCAGUUCUGUAGACUAUUUUCAAGUUUCUCAGGUGCCGACUUACUGAAGAUGUCCAAAGAAGACUUUGUUCAGAUUUGUGGCCCGGCUGAUGGCAUUCGACUUUUUAAUGCAGUUAAAGGAAGAAAUGUAAGACCUAAGAUGACCAUUUAUGUCUGUCAAGAACCUGAGCAAAAUCGGUCUCAUCUUCAUCAAAAACGAGAGAAUGGAGAUGGUAAUCUUUGUAUAUACCAUGCUAUCUUCUUAGAAGAGUUAACAACACUGGAAUUGAUGGAGAAGAUUGCAAACUUGUACAGUAUUUCCCCACAGCAGAUAAACCGGAUCUAUCGGCAGGGACCUACAGGGAUCCAUGUAUUAGUGAGCAAUGAGAUGGUACAAAACUUUCAAGAUGAAUCUUGUUUCAUCAUCUCUACAUUAAAAGCUGAAAGUAACGAUGGCUACCAUAUCAUUCUGAAAUGACCCACCUGUCUGUAUAUUGGGACUUGGAACAGCUUUACAUCACGAUGUCUCACCCUCCUUCCUGCAACUCAUUCUGGAAAGACAGAAAAUUCAUUGGAUAAAAUACUCCUAUUAACCAAAUGCCCUAACAAUAAGAUUAAUAUCUGUAGUUUUUGGAGUCUUGAGAACCACAUAAUGCCUUCAGUUUGUUAUUGAUCUAGUGGUAUUUUGAUUCAAGUUCCUUGUUAAGAAAGUCUUGAAAUGAGCAGAUGAAAUAAGCUGAUAUAAUAAACCAUCAAGUUUUGGAAUUCAUCCUGAAUAUGGAUUUGAAAUUAACUGGGCUUACUUUAUUGUCCCCUCUCUUUCCAGGCAGUUAUAGGAAGUCAGUUGCAGGCUUUUAUCAUUAAUCUGUACUGCUUUCCCUUUAAAUUCUUCAACCUUGGCAACUUUGUGGACUUCAACUCCCAGAAUUCCACAUAUUGGCUGGCGAAUUCUGGGAGGUGAAGUCCACACAUCUUAAAGUUGCCAAGAUUGAUAAACACUACUUCAAAGCAAAGAAACUAUCUUCUAAGCUCAUUGUGAGAAAAUGUUGUUUCUGCACUCUGUUCUUAUUAACAAGGGCUUUCUUUUUCCUUUUUUUUUUCCUGAACUUUAAUGCCUCCAGCCUCUAUUUUUAAACUUUUAAUUCAUUUCUUCUGUACAGGCUUCAGACUUCAAACUAAAACCAGGACAAACAGGGUCAGACCUUACUUACAGCUGAAUGAUGCACCUCAUUGUAUCUAGCUUAUGUUACUUCAUACAAUUCAGCUUUUCUUCUGGUUUAUUGGAUACAUGGAAAAGGGCUGACUCUUGGAUAAGAAAAUGGGAGAUUGCAAGUUUGGCUUACCCACCAUUAUAGCUGAGAGAAAUGCAAUGCACCUCAUGGGACUUGGUGAGAUUUUACUUCGAAAGACAACAAAAAUGGUUGUAUGUGUGCAUAGCCUGUUGUUAAACAAAAACCUAACCACACUCAAGGGUGGCCAUUAAGCUUUACUUUUAAGCCAGUGAUAUGUUCUAGAUAAAGCAUAGUUUCUGCAACUAAAGUAAAAUGGCUCAAUUCACUUGUAUAGGUAGAAAGUUAAAGGCAUAGUCAGGAAGGACCUGCUUUUGUGCCUUGGACUUAUAACAUGGCUAUGUGUGAAAAAACUCUUUCUGUUGUCAUUCCAUAGCUCUGAUGGUGAGUCCAUACUUUCAUCUCAAAGCUUUGAAGAGAGUGUUGUUGGUAAGGAAGGAAAAUAAGAAAGAUGGGUGGACUUGCCACUUCUGUUUUUUUAUCCUUUCUAAUCAUGAAGGGUAACCUAUUGUACAUGCUUUAUUAUUAAUUGUAUGUUAAAGUUCCUUCCCCAAGUGUCUGUUUUCCCCCCAGACUUUCACAUCUCUAACCUUUAGAGUGGGGAGAGGCAGAUCUUACAUUGUUCCCACUUCUCUUAGAUAUUGCCUGUUCAUUUUAGGAAAACAGUUGUACCCCUUUUUCAUAUUGCUUGUUUCCUUAAAAAUAGUGAGGCCCCUUCAUUGUAGUGGAAGACACAACUCUUUACUCAAAACUUGUAAGGGUAAUCAUCUGCUUCUGGAGCAACAAGUGUAAUUUGCUAGCCUAAGUGCCUUUUCAUAAUGACACAGUUGUGUCUCUUGCGGUUAUUUGGCAUUGAACAGACUUUAAACAGUAUGAAACGUUUGUGUUUAAAUAUUAUUCUAGUUGCAUAGAAAUCACAUUAAACUGGAUAGACACAUGUCUAAUAUUAUGUGUUUUACAUGCAUUUAAGCUGGACCCUUGCACCUGAUCGAGUGAAUGGGGUGGGUGUGCAGAAGUAGGCUUCUGUACAAAAUUCCCUGUUGGAUCAGAAAUGUGCAUAAAGAAAGCUAAUGGACAUAUGUCUCCUAUGACUGCACGCUAGGCACUGGACUGGGACUAUGCACACAGAGCUAGACAACCACUGGUUUAAGAUGACAGACUAUAUGCAGUUGCAUCAUGCAACAUUUGAUUGACAUCUGUUGAGUAAGUGCCCAUGGCCAGAAUCCUUAUAUGUAGGCAUGAAUCCUUAGACUGGAAACUGAUUUAUAUUUUUGUGCCUUCUUCAAUCUCUUAAAUAAAGCAAAAUAUUAAACUAUUAUACUCUCUGAAACAGUUCUGAUGGAACCAUAUCAUGGAAGAACCCAAUUUUGGUUCAAAAUCACAUUUAGCACAUUCAUAACUGUGUGUUGCAUUUCACAGAAGUAUAAAUUCUGUGCUCUUGGUAAAGAUCACCAUGUCUUUUUUACUUCCUUAAAUGAACAGCUUUUAUAGCAGGUCGGUAGCUAAAUGUUGUUGUUUUUUAAAAAAUGGAGAAAGCUUGUUAUUUCAGGUUAAAAAGUGUAAAACCAUUUGUGUCACUGGCAACAUAUUUUUCUGCCUUAUUUGUACCUCUCAAGUGCUGCAUGUUAAUUCUUGUAACCAAUAAGGAAGCCGACUGAGGUUUAUUAAAUAGUGCUGAUGUUUUACUGCUUCAAAAUACCUCUAGGAGAGAGGACCCCGGUCUUUCUGAGCUGAGGACACAUUUGGAAUGUUGAGACUCAACACAAGAGUUGAGAGGAAGAGAAAAUCUUCCCAAAAUGGCCAUCCUGGGGCUGCCCAUUCACAAAUAUCUGCUGUGGUCAGUAUGCCCAGCUAUGUGAGGUCUGGAGGCACCUUCCUGUGGGAAUAAAGAAGAUGCUGGAAACUGGAAAUGGUUAGGCAGCAUGCCAACUUUCCAUUUAAAAUUUAAAUCUGUAAACAAAUUUGGGGGUGGCAAGAACCAAGGGACAGGCUUAUGGGAAAUUGAUGCCAGAGGCAUUACAUUAUCUUGCAGUAUCUACACCCGUGAGAUCUUGUCCAUAUUCUCUCGCACUGACCCUGAAGCUUGAGAGAAAAUGUUGGGGAAAUGAAAAUGUUUGGUAUCCACAAGGAAAUUGGUGGCUGUGAUACCUUUUAAUAGUGCUUGUCUCUCAGGAAAAGCAGCUUUAAAUCAAUGCCUGACUUUUUAAGAUGUAUGCUGAAUGUUUGUGCUUUUGUGCUUUGUUUUAUGCCUAGUUUUUGUCUUAUUGUGAAGUCUGGUUGAUCUUAAUCUCUCUAAAUGUUUAAUAUCUUCAGAUGAUUGGAGUAGGUAUUUAUGUCUUUCAGAAGGGCUAUGGGAGUUUUCUUGUCUUCGCUGUGUAACACCACAACAAUUAUAAUUGUGAUUUAAAUGAAGGGAGAAUGGAGGCCCAGGAUAAGAAUUCUCAGUGAAAGUGCCAGAAUGUUUGUUUAUAGGUUUUUAAAAAUACAUAUUUUGCACUGGCCGUUCUACUGUUGUACAGAAGAAAAGAUUUGCUGUAAUUCGACUCUGUGCUCCAAUAAACUUGUUUGUAAAAAAUAA